AUGAAUAUUAACAAUUACCAAUAAUUUUCUAAUUAUCAUGCCACAAUAACAUUAUUCACAGAUUAGUAAAGUGUACAAAUAUUGCCUUUUGAAGGUUUGAUUUCAAAUUUAAGAUUUAAAUAGUGUUAAAAUAUAGAAUAUCAUUUUGGAAAAGAUUCUAACAUGAGAAGAUAUAAUUAUCUAAUAGAUUGCAAUGCACGCUGUAAAAUUUGCACAGGGCCUACCUAAUAUGAUUGUGCAUCAUGUUACGAUGAAUAAAUAGAUAUUUGUAAACUGAUCUUCAUUAAUGUUAGUGUAAAUCUAACUACGAGGAAACAGGUGGUUUAAUAUGCCAAAAAACCUUUUUAAACUCUGUUUCCGAGUAAAAAAAGUUUUAUAAAGAGUUCAAUAUCAUUGAAGUAAAAAACAAUAAAAAGUACAGUUAUGGCUACUUUGAAGUAUGGAAGAACUUGA